UGCGCGACUGCUCACCCCGCAGCAGGGAUUCGGCAGCCAGGGACCCAGGACCGGGGCGUGUUAGCGAAGCAUCGCACCUCCAGCCGGCGCUGGAGAGGAUGGACCAGACACUGAAACCGAGAGUAACUGAGGACUGAAGGAGUCGGGAAGAGCCCGCCUUCUAGAAGCUGUCAGAAUUCGAGACUGGCGGGAGAGGUACAUUCAACCUCUGACACUCGUGGCUUCGGGGACUGGUCAUUUCUGAAUCCCCGAAGAGAGAUUCCAUCCCCAAGGAAGUGAAAAGAAUGAACUUUUGGAGGUAUUACCUUUUUGCUUUUACAGUGUUCGGCGUGGUAAUUUUUGUGAUAGUGUACAAUAGCCAAUUAAGCCUGCCAAAAAGGUACGAGAAGCUGAAUAUUUCUGGCGAAAGGUAUUUUAGAACACAAGCUUGUGAUUCCGCCUUAGUAGAGAAGUCCACCUUUUUGUGGGGAAAGCCAUUAGCAUCACCACUGGGAAGUGUCCCUUGCAAGGAGUACCUGACCCACAGCCACUAUAUCACAAGUUCCCUGUCUGAAGAAGAAGCUGCGUUCCCCUUGGCAUAUGUCAUGGUCAUCCAUAAGGACUUCGAUACUUUCGAGAGGCUCUUUAGGGCUGUCUAUAUGCCCCAAAAUGUCUACUGCGUUCAUGUGGAUGAGAAAGCCCGGGCUGAAUUUAAGGAAUCGGUGGGGCAAUUGCUGAGUUGCUUCCAGAAUGCUUUUAUUGCUUCAAAGAUUGAGCCUGUGGUCUAUGCGGGAAUAUCCAGGCUUCAGGCCGACCUGAACUGCAUGAGAGACCUGGCCGCCUCCGAGGUUCCCUGGAAGUACGUGAUCAACACCUGUGGGCAAGAUUUCCCCCUGAAAACCAACAAGGAGAUAGUUCAGUAUCUGAAAGGGUUUAAAGGGAAAAAUAUUACCCCAGGGGUGCUGCCUCCUGAUCAUGCAAUUAAGCGGACUAAGUAUGUCUACCGAGAGCGUAUAGGCAAGGGUGGUUCUUUUGUGCAAAAGACUAAUAUUUUGAAAACCUCACCUCCACAUCAGAUGACCAUCUACUUUGGCACUGCCUACGUAGCCCUGACCAGAGAGUUUGUCAAUUUUGUCUUUCAUGACCAACGGGCCAUUGAUCUACUACAGUGGUCUAAAGAUACCUAUAGUCCGGAUGAACAUUUCUGGGUGACACUCAAUAGAAUUCCAGGCAGGAGAUGCCAACAUAGUCUCAAGUGUCCACCUGAUCCAAGAAGCUCACUCCUCACCAGCAUCCCUCUCCAACCCAUUGUCCAGUCCAAUCCACGUCUGAAGAGUUAGCUUCGGGAAUGGUUCCUGUCCUGGGCCAACAGAAGGUCUGGGGGCCAUGACCACCGGGGUCCUUCUAGUCUCAGUCAGACCAUUAAGUCCGGACUUAUGAGAAUUUGGGGUGUGCAUCCCACUGCUCUCCUGCUCCCUCAAUCAGGGGUUCUCUGUUGUGUUCCCUGUCAGGGGUGUCAUCAGUUGUAGCCGGGCACCGUCUAGUUCUUCUGAUCUCCGGAUGAUGUAGUCACUGGUUCAUGUGGCCCUGUCUGUCUCUUGGGCUCGUAAUCACCUUGUGUCCUUGGUGUUCUUCAUUCUCCUUUGAUCUAGGUGGGUUGAGACCAAUUGGUGCAUCUUAGAUUGCUGCUUGCUAGCGUUUAAGACCCCAGAUGCCAUUCUUGGAAGUGGGAUGCAGAAUGUUUUCUUAAUAGAUUUUAUUAUGCCAGUUGACUUAGAUGUCCCCUGAAACCAUGGUCCCCAGACCCCUGCCCCUGCUGCACUAAGCCAUGGUAUUUUUAAUUGCCUCAUAUACAUGGGAAAGCUGGACAGUGAAUAAGGAAGACCAAAGAAGAAUUGAUGCCUUUGAAUUAUGGUGUUGGCGAAGAAUAUUGAAUAUACUAUGGACUGCCAGAAGAAUAAACAUAUCUGUCUUGGAAGAAGUACAGCCAGAAUGCUCCUUAGAAGCAAGGAUGGCAAGACUGCUUGUUACAUACUUUGGACAUUUUAUCAGGAGGGACAGUCUCUGGAGAAGGACAUCAUGAUAAAGUAGAGGGUCAGCGAAAAAGAGGAAGACCGUCAAUGAGAUGGACUGACACAGUGGCUGUAACAAUAGGCUCAAGCAGAACAACGAUUGUGAGGAUGGAACAGGACUGGGCAAUGUUUCCUUCUGUUGUACAUAGGGAUUGCUAUAAGUCAGAACCUCCACGGCACCUAACAACAACCACAACAACCCCUGCAAAGGAAAUAACUGGGAAACACUCCUCUUAGUUUUCAAUUUCUAAUCUCUAGAAUACCGUUAUGUAAGAUAAGAAAAACUGGAUUAAAGCAUAUAUGAAUAUGCAGUGAAGUAUAUAAAUACAAUUACCAUUGAUAAAUGUCCACCAUGUUGAAUUUGCGUGAAUUUAAUUCCAGGACACAGAGUUAGUAUAGUACCACUUUAGAACUGGCAAAACAAUUUUCCAGCUCCCAUUGGACCUCCCAUCACUGUCUACCAAUUCAUGUAAGGCAAGCUUUUUUCGGAAGAGGAAUUGCCUUUUUUUUUUUAAAACAAAAACAUUGUAUUGAAUUUCAAUGUCUCUUUAAAACAAUAAAAUGUUAAUUGUAUAUCAAAGCUGUAAUAUAUAAUCAAUAUCUAUAUUAUCUCUUUAACGUAAAUAUCUCUACUCUGUACACCGUAAAAGAAUCUCCUUCCAUCCCCCUUUGAAUCUACAUGAUACUUUGAAAAGGGCUUUGGAGCCAGACAAACAUGGCUUUAAGUGCUGGCUCCUAGUACUUGCUAACUAUGUGAUAGUAGCCUUAGUUUCCUCAUCUGUGAUGGUAGGGCUAAUAAGUAAAAAAAAGUAGUACUUUAAAAAAAAAAAUUGCCAUCAAGUUGAUUGCAACUGAUAGUGACCCUAUAAGACACAGUAGAACUGCACCAUAGGGUUUGCAAGGAGCACCUGGUGGAUUCGAACUGCUGACCUUUUGGUUAGCAGUCAUAGUAGCUCUUAACUGCUAAACCACCAGGGUUUCCAAGUAGUACUUAGUCCACAGAAAAGUUAGGAGUGUUAAAUAAGAAAAUGUUUACAGUGCAGUGGCCCUCAGAAUCACCUGGAAGACUUGUUAAAACAGACCACUAGGUCUCACUGCCAGGGUUUCUGAUUCAGCAAGUCUGGAUGGAGUAGGCCUGAGAGUUUGACUUUCUAACAAGUUCCCAGUUGCUGCUGAUGCUUGGGUCUGGAGACCACACUUUGAGAACUGUUGACAUAGACUACCUUUUACAGACACCAGCAUGUUGUAGAUUUGUAGCCAGUGUUGGUUCUGUUCAUUUCUAUCUAGAGACUCUCCUUGAUGGAGAAAAAAGGAAGCCACCAGUAAAAAUAAAGUGAGUUUAUUUAAGGGAAAGCUUUAUGUCCCUGUUAGUUCAGGUGUUGAUUGUAUAUGGCAGACUUCAUGAAAGCAGUGUGCAGAUGACUGAUGCUUGGAGUGAGAUAGACCUGAUGAUGAAUUUUGGUUUUGACCCUAUUAACUUUGUGACCUUGGGUAACCCGAACCUCAAAUUCCUCAUCUGUACAGUCACACUAAUGGUGACUACUAAGGUUGUUUUGAGAAUUAAAUGAAAGCGUUGGUUUAAACUGAGAAGGUAAAUGUUUAUCCAUUUAUUAAUAUGAAUAUAUAUUAAGAAAACCUAAACAUGGCCUAGUAUUCUUAUACUAAUGAAAUUCUCAGAGUGUUAAAUAAAAUGAAUUUAAAUUUCUUUUCAUUACGACAAGAUGUCUACACCAUGGCUCCCUAACUACAAAGCUAGAUAUAGAUACACCCAACAAGAAAUAGGAGGAAAUAAAGAAAAAUGUAACCCAUUUGACAUAUUGAAAUGGAUACUUAUUCCUUUUCAUUUUGGUUUCCAUUAUGUUAUUUGUGUGACAAUUUUUUUAAACUAUGAAACACCCUCACUCAGUCCUCACAAUAACACUGUCUCAGUCAUCUGGUGCUGCUAUAACAGAAAUGCCACAAAUGGGUGACUUUAGCAAAUAGAAUUUAUUCCCACAGUUUAGGAGGCUAGAAGCCCAAAUUCAGGGUGCUGGCUCUAGGGGAAGGCCUUCUUUCUCUGUUGGCUCUGGAGGAAGGUCCCCGUCACUCUGAGCUUCUGCUCCUGGGCUAUCUUCAUGUGGCUCGACAUCUUUUUUCUCCAUCUCUGCUUCUUUCUCUUAUUUAAUGUUUUUUAUAUCUCACUACAGAUUUUUUACAGAUUGACUUAAAACACACCCUACACUAAUCCUGUCCAUUAACAUAACAAAGAAAACCUGUUCCCAAAUGGGAUUAUAGCCACAGGCGUAGAAGGUGGUUUUUACAACAUGUAUUUUGGGAGAACACUGUCCAACUCAUAGCAAACACUGUGAAGUAUAUAUUUCUCCAUUAGAAGAACAUUUCCUUAAAAACAUGAGGGACAUGAAGUGUAUUCAGUGCUCCAUUUUUUUUUUUUUUUUUAGAGUUAUUGUGGUAAAAUUUGCCAUAGUGACCAUUUUUUUAAAAAUAUGAUAUUUUAUUGUGUUUUCAGCGGAGGUUUACAUAGCUGCUUAGCCCAUUCAACAACUUCUACACCAGUUGUUCGGUGACAUUGGUUUACAUUCUCCACAGUGUAUGAACAUUCUCAGUAUUCUGUUCUGGUUGUUUCAUUUUCAUUCAUAUAGUUUCUCUGCCGAUAUUCUCAUCUUUGUUUUAUAGUAAUUUUUAACCUUUUGGUCUCUUGUAGAUGAUUUUUUACAGGAGCACAGUUCUCAUGGGAGAAAAUCUUUAUUUUGUGAGCUGUCUUAGUUAUCUAGCGCUGCUAUUAUAACAGAAAUCCCACAAGUGGAUGGCUUUAACAAAGAGAAAUUUAUCCUCUCACAGUCUAGGAGGCUAGAAGUCUGAAUUCAAGGUGCCAGCUCCAGGGGAAAGCUUUCUCUCUGUCAGCUCUGGCGGAAGGUCGUUGUCAUCAAUCUUCCCCCAUCAAGGAGCUUCUCACCUCGGGGACCCUGGAUCUAAAGGUCUAGCUAUUCUCCUGGCUCUUGUUUCUUGGUGGUAGGAGAUCCCCCUAUCUCUCUGUUUGCUUCUCUCUUUUAUAGCUCAAAAGAGAUUGAUUUGAGACACAACCCAAUCUUGUAGAUUGAAUCCUGCCUCAUUAACAUAACUACCUCUAAUCCUGUCUCAUUAACAUCAUAGAGGGAGGAUUUACAACACAAAGGAAAAUCGUAUCAAAUGACAAAAUGGUAGACAAUCACACAGUACUGGGAAUCAUGGCCUAGUCAAGUUGACACACAUUUUGGGGGGACACAAUGCAUAACAUGAGCCAAUCUGUUAUUUAGCUGAAAGGUGAUCUACAGGAGUAGUUUCAGCUCAAAGUUUAAAGCGUUAUCUCAGGACAGUAGUCUCAGGUAGUCCUCCAGUCUCAACCAGCCCAGUAAGUCUGUUUGUUUGGUUUAGGAAUUUGAGGUUCUGUUCCACAUUUUUCUUCGAUUUUGGAAGAGUCCAUCUAUUGUGGCUUUGAUCAAAAUGGUUGGUAGUGGUAGCUGGGCACCAUCUAUUUCUUUGGGUCAUCCUAACCAUUUUUAAGGGUAUAAUUCAAUGACAUUAAUGACAUUCACAAUGUUUGACAACCCUCACCAUUAUCCGUUUGCAAUUUUUUUUAUUGCCCCAGAUAUUCAGUACUCAUUAAAUAGUAACUCCCCAUUUCCCCCUCUUCCCAGCCCCUGGUAACCACUAAUCUACUUUCUGUCUGUAUGAAUUUGAGAUAUUCUGCAUAUUUGGUAUAAGUGGGUUCAUACAAUAUUUGUCUUUUUGGGUCUGACUUAUUUCACUUAGCGUAAUAUUUUCAAGGGCCAUCCAUGUCAUGACAUGUAUCAGAACUUCAUUUCUCUUUAUGGCUGAAUGAUCUUCCAUUGUACGGCUAUACCACACUUUGUUUAUUCAUCUGGUGAUGGACACUUGAGUUGUUUCCACCUUUUAGCUAUUGUAAAUAAUGCUGAAAUGAACAUUGAUUACAGUGCUCUAUUUUUAAGAUCACAUCACAUGAACGGAGCAGGAAUUGGAUGUCAUAAAAAAAAAAAAAAAGGUAGGCUUAUUUUCUUAAACUCUGCCAUGUUCCUGGAAGGAUUAAAUAUGGCUGUUUAGAACAUAAUAUAAUUUCUCAAAAAAGGAAGUCAACACAGUAAAAACUUGAAAGAAAUGAGUUUCACAGUCAUUUUAUACAGGUUUUUGCUAGCCUAGCCACAUCCUUCCCGUUUCGGGCAUUUAACUUCAUCAGUGUUUAAAAUAAAUGUCUUAGUUACACGCAACAGUAUGAAGAAAUAGUACAAUAAUCCUUCUUGUAUCCAUCAGCCAGUUUCAACAACCAUCAACACAUUACACAAAUUCAAAGCAAGAAAACAUUGAGUUGACUCUGUAGUUCUCACAAAUGAGUUCCUUUCUCAUUGCAAAGGGGAUGCAAAAUUCCGUUAUUCCAGCCUGAGUCUCUCUUCAUGUUCCAUGAUAACAAUUUGUUGAAAAGUGAAAAUAUUUUCAUCCAGCUUAAACUUUUAGGAUACACUUUACCAACCAGACUGGGUAUUUUUCUUCUUUUUCUUUUUUUAAUUGACAAAGCGAAAUCUACAAGCCCAAGCUCUUUAAGUAUUAGGAGCAAGAGAACUCUGCUUGUUAAGAUUUCUAUUGUCUUGGCUUUUUGUUUUCUGCGGUUUAGUGGUAGAAUUAUCACCUUCGCUGUGGGAGAUCCAGGUUCGAUUCCCGGCCAGUGUACCUCAGGCGUGGUUACCACCCAUCUGUCAGUGGAGACUUGUGUGUUGCUAUGAUGCUGAACAGGUUUCAAUGAGCAUUCAGACUAAGAAAGACUAGGAAGAAAGUGCCUGAUAACCAGCUUAUGAAAAUCAGCCAAUGAAAAUCCUGUGGAUCACAGUGGUCCUAUCCAGUUGUACAUGGAGUCACCCUGAGGGCAAGGGCAACUGUACUGCAGUUAACAACAAUCAUUACCAAGCAUAGUGGAUGGGUUAGUGGGAUGGGCUGUGCCUUCUGCAGUGUUUAGUGAUACUCUUUUUUCACUAGAUGGAGAGGAACACCUCUUCUCUCUGUACUGAAUAUUCUGCUUCCUCUGUUAAUUCAAAAUAAGGACGAAUUGACAGGCUUACUAUUUUAUGCUUGAGUAUGGAAUUAACAUGAAGCUGUUUCACCCUCUGCUGUAUCUUAAUCUGUUUUCCAUUAUCACAUGUUACCAGGGAGCCUGCUCUAUUGGAUUCAAUCUUCUAGUUUAAUUUUUCAUGCCUAAUUUAAUUUGAGAUGUUCCCGCAGAGCUUGGUUAUCAAGCUUCGUUGCUUUGCAUGAGGUUUCUCUGAUCUUGCAGAGUGAUGUGAAGGAAAGAAUAUGGACUUUGGAGUAGGAAAGAUAUAUUUUGAAUCCUAGGCUUGUCACUUAACAGCUUGUCCAACACCGAACAAACUACUUAAGCAAUGUCAGCCUCAGUUAACUUUGCUUUUAGCACCUAAGAAAAAAUUUGAGGGUGCUUGAGAAUUUAUUAAAAAGUAAGAGUUGUACACUGGGCAGUUUUGAUUCAACUUCACCAAAAGAUAUAUGUAUAUAUCUGGAGGAUAAUGAGUCUCACAGCAGUGACUAUGACAUGCUGAUCUUUGUUUUCAAAGAUGUUUGCAAAAGAGCUGGAAGAAUCCCUGUGGCUCUAAGGGUAUUGGUUUUGGAUGACCCAAAGUGAUUGGAACAGUAGCUUUGUGGUUUUAAACACGUCACACUGCACAGCUAAGAAGAGUAUAGUACUGAGCAAAUAGACAAUAAGUAUUAUGAAACAAGUGUGAUUGUUUUCUUUUUUGUUUUUAAAGUGCUUUAAACUCCAGGCAGUGUAAGAAGGCUAAUGACCUAGAUAGGCACACUACAAAAUGGUUUUCUAGGUUCUAGCCCUGUCAUCAGUUAGCUUUUUGACCUCAGGCCUUGGUUUCCUCCUCUGUAAAAUGAAGAAAUUAGGCUAGGUGACCUCCAAAAAAGAGGUUCCCACGUUAUUUUGCUUAACUCACAUUAUAUGGUUAAGCACUGGAUUACUAACCGAAAUAAGGCCUGGCAACCAUCUUCCAAAAAGCCACAGCCUUGACAACCCUAUGGAGUGCAGUUCUAUGCUGCACACUUGGGGUCACCAUGAGUCAGAAUUGACCUGAAGGCAACUAACACACCGAAUAGCUCUAAAGCCUAUAGCACCACUCCUGGCACACAGAAUAAGGUGGCCAGUGAAUGUGGUUGUGGUGGGGGUGUCUUUAAGUGGGAGAUACCGGAAGGAGUAGAAACGAAGAAUGGCUACUUCAAAAAUGACAAAGUGGUUUUAUGAAGGGGAAUGGAAGUUGUAGGACUAAUGAGUGCUGGGGACAUUCUCAUCAUUUACGAUUAGAGAAACCCAGACCCAGAACACAAAGUGAUUUGUCCAGGUUACAUGAUUUAGCAGCUGAACUGGGUCACAAUGAUGGGACUUCCAAGUCUUAAUAUGAUAGUCUUUAUAUAAUCAGUACUUCUCAUAGUUUCCCCUGAAAUGCCCUAGAUAUUGGAGCAAAAUAAUAGGAACAGUAUUUUGGUAUUUAUGUGGUAAACUGCUGAAAGAUUGGUUUUAAUGAUAGAACUCUAAAAAGUAUCCAGAGUUCAUUUAAAAAAGAUAGUGAAGUAAAAUGCUUAAUAUUUUUCAAAUGAAAAAUUCUAUAGGUGUAGUACAAAAUAAGUACUUUUAAAUUUAUCAAUGUUUUUAAUUUAUAGAUGUUUCAUGAAGGAGAUCUAAUCUGUUACACAUUGUUGUUGAAUUUGAAGCAGCUUCUUUCGAAAAAAAAAUUUUAUUUAUAUACAGUAAAAUUCACUUUUUUUGGUGCCCAGUUCCAUGUGUUUUGACAAACACACAGUCAUGCAUUCACAACCGCAAUCAAGACCAAUUCCUGACCUAUUGUUGUUGUAAUUGUUGUUAAUUGCCAUUGAGUUGGCUCCAACUCAUGGCAACCUCACAUACAACAGGGCAAAACAUUGCCUGGUCCUGCGCCAUCUUCACGAUCAUUGUAUGCUCGACUCCAUUGUUGUAGACACUGUGUAUUUUGAGUGCCUUCCAACUCAGGGGCCUCAUCUUUCAGGACUAUACUGGACAAUAGUCUAUUGUGAUUCAUAGAGUUUUCAUUGGCUGAUUUUUAGAAGUAGAUCACCAGGCCUUUCCUCCUAGUCUGUCUUAGUCUGGAAGCUCUGCUGAAACCUGUCCAUCAUGGGGGGACCCUGCUGGUAUUUGAAAUACCGGUGGCAUAGCUUCCAGCAUCACAGCCACACACAAGCCACCAUAGUAUGAGAAAUGGGCAGACGGGUGGUGGCAAAUAACUGUUACACAAAUAAAAACGCCAGUAUUCAAGUGCUUAAAAGUAAAGCUCUUUAUGCCUAAAAACUGGAUACUGAAAACUGUUAUGGCAGUCACUGCAGUGACCCCGGGCAGAGGAGAUGGGCUUGGGGAAGGACCUGAAGGGGCCAACAUUUAUUUGAAGGCUUUAUUUUACAAAUUUAUGUAAAUUUUGCCCUCUUGUCCACUUUAUAUCUUGUGUAAACUUUUUAUUGAAAUAUAC